AUGGCAGACAUUGAACACCUGAAGAGCCUCCAAGCUGUUCGCGAGCGAGCGAGCCAAGUACUCGAAGCGGCUACAAGAGAUGAGCUGAACCAUUUUGUCUACUACCCUGAGAAGAUGGACGAUGUCGCAGAGUAUGUGGCCGGUAUCAUCAACCGAGAUUUCGGUCCAUCUAGCUUUGAGAAGAUCCCCCCGCAUGGUCGAUGGCAACACUUUGAGAUUGGGGCGAUUCCUCGAGUCGAUCGGCUUAUCCAAGGCUGGCAGGAAGGUGGAUGCGAUAAGGUUGAGAUUACUCGCCGUCUCAUCGACUUGUUCUUUGUAGCUGUGCUGUUGGAUGCUGGGGCCGGUGAUGUUUGGCAGUUUACGGAGCCUGGGACUGGGAACAAAUAUGGUCGCAGUGAGGGAAUUGCGGUCGCUGCGUUGUACAUGUUCAAGGCUGGAGCUUUCUCCAGUGGUUCAGGAGAUAAGGAAACUGUUGAUGGUCAAGGUCUUGUCACCCUCGACGUUGAGACAUUCCGGAAGAAUUUCCAGAUCACCCCCGAAAAUGAGAUCAUCGGUGAUGUCUCCCGAGUAAGCUUGUUGAAUAGUGUUGGACAGUCACUCUUGAAUCUUCCUGAGAUUUUUGGCUCGACUGGCCGACCAGGAAAGCUCGUCGAUUAUAUACUAGAACACAGAGAUGGAAAGACAGAAUUGCACUAUGAAGUUCUCUGGGGAACUCUCCAAAAAGCACUCCUGCCCUCUUGGCCAAAGAAUCGGACCCAAGUGGCAGGUGUGCCAAUUGGUGACGCGUGGCCCCUUGAUAUUCUGGCUAAAUUGAACAAAGGGAAGACAAGUGAGAACGACACUUUGAAUAUCCAACCUUUCCACAAGUUGACACAGUGGCUCGCCUACUCACUGUCUGUUCCAUUUGCUCGGGUACUGGGUCUUGAGUGGACAAAUAUGGAACUGGGAACCGGCCUCCCAGAGUAUCGGAAUGGUGGUCUCUUUGUGGACAAAGGGGUCCUUGUAUUGAGAGAUCAUAUUCUGAAGGAGGGACAGGCAAAUUCGAAGCAGGAAACACCAAGCUUUGAUGCAACCAGUGAUGUGAUCGUGGAGUGGCGAGCAAUGACAGUUGCUUUACUGGACAAGCUUCAUGGAACUGUGUCAGAUCGCUUUGCUAAACAAGGUGUCCAAAUCACCAUGGCCCAGAUGCUAGAAGCUGGAACUUGGAAGGGAGGACGGGAGCUUGCUGCAAAGUAUCGUCCAUCGACCAAAUCCAGUCCCAUCGUAAUUCAGGGGGAUGGGACUUUGUUUUAG